CGAGCCGCCGCCGCCGCCCCCGCCCAGCAUGCGAGCCGCGUGGCGCGCUCACUCGUGUUGUGGUGCUUUAUGAUGGUACAUGACAGUGCGCGACAUGCGGACGGUCCGUCACCGCCUCGCCACAAGUGGGUGUCCGGCGCUGCUCAGAUAAGGGUGGCACGCUCGCGGUGAUGGAGGUAGUAAUCCUGAAAGCGAAGGCGCAACUGAAUCGUGCGGCGGCGGCGCGUCGCGCGCACGCGCAGGCUCGGGGCGCGCGCGGCGGCGCGGGGGCCAUGGCGCCGGCCGCGCCCGCGCCGCCCUGGCUCAACGCCUCGCUGCUCUACAACGCCACCCGGCUCAACCUCACGCUGGACGCCGAGCUCGACGCCAUCGCCGGCAACGCCACUGAUGAUGACCACGGGUUCUGUGCCAAGUGGGGCACGGCGCAGCAAGAUCUGUUUCAGGCAGCAAACCUGUGCUUCGCGAUCGCCUUCCUCGCGCCCAAGAGCCUGAAGCAGAGCAUCCUGGUGCUGCGAGCGCUGGCGGCCACGGGCGCCGUGCUGAUGGCCAUGUGGGCCGGCGCCGAGGUCUGCGCGCCCGACGUGCUGGCCUGGGCCACUGCGCUCGUGUUGGUGAAUUCGCUGCACACCAUUGUGCUUAUUAUUCGGUUCCUCCCGCCAGCGCUUUCCCUCGAGCUGACAGACUUAUACCUGAAGCUGUUCAAGCCGCUGAAGGUGAACAAGAAGCACUUCACGGAGCUGACGCGGGAGGCGCGGCUCGUGCGGCUGGACGCGGGGGAGGCCUACGCCGUGGAGGAGGUCACGCCGGCGGACGAGAGGCUGUCCAUACUGCUGAAGGGGAAGCUGCGCGUGUCGUGCGACGGCACGCACCUGCACUUCGUGCAGCCCUACCAGUUCGUGGACUCGCCCGAGUGGGAGGCCAACCGCGAGCAGUCCGACAACGUCUUCCAGGUGACGGUGAUCGCGGAGGAGUCGUCGACGUGCGUGUGCUGGCCGCGCAUGCGCCUGGAGCGCGUGCUGCGCCACCGGCCUAUGCUCAAGGUCGUGCUCGACUGUCUUGUGGGCAAGGACAUAACCCACAAGCUGUACUCCGUGAGCGAGGGGCUCACGACGACGGGGCUGAGCGAGCGGGACGCACUGCCGCCCCAUCUCACUCGCUCGGCCAGCGUGGACGCCGUGCACGAGGGCACGCAGGGCCGCCUGCGCAGCCUCGACUGGAGGACGCGCUCCACCAAGAUGCCUAAAGGCACGUCAUACUGGCAGCCGAUGGUCGCGCGUCAGUUCCUGCGCAACUCGCCGUUCGGUCGCAGCCUGACGCAGCCGCGGCUGCUCCCGCAGGCGUCGUCCAGCAGCCUGCAGGCGGCGCCGCGCGUGCGCAGCCCCCCGCGCCGCGCCGCCUCCUUCCGCCGCCCGCGCGAGGUCAAGUUCGCGGAGGCCGUCGCGCCGCCCGAGCCGCCCGUGUGACCCGCCGCCCCGCGCCCCGCGCCCCCGCGCGCCGCCCCCUGACCCCCGCCGCGGACGGACCACCCCGGCACCACCGACUUCUAGGCCCGUCCGCUGCUGACUCUACCCUCGUGCCGUGACCAGUGACUGUGACUCGCGAAGAGACGAGAUCGAACUCCGUUUAUAAAUGUGUAUUUAUUGAUUACGAAAUACAAAGACGUUACAGCGAUAGUUUAAAAUCACUGAUAGGAUAUGCGACUGUAGUGUGUAAAGUUUUUAGCAAGUGUUAAUUAUAAUGAUUCAAAUAUGUAAUUCUAAAAGUAUUUUAAUGUUACAUAAUUGUUUACUAAUGUUUAAGAUGUGUUAAAUUCGUGAUAAAUUAUGAUGUUAUUGCGAGAAUUUAUACUAAUACAAACCUAUAUCUUUGUUCGGAAUUACCUAUCGAUAUAUUUUCAUGCUAUUUAUUCUUUAUACGUGAUAAAUUUAAACGCUACAUUCAAUUUACAUCACCGCUACCUCCACGUCUAGGUAAAUUAUGUGAAACAAUAAUCGUACAACCUGGCCCGUUAACUUAGAUACCAUUAAGAUAAAAUAGAAAAAAAAUAUACAAUAAACAUUUCAAGAAAUAUCUAGAAUAAUCUAAAUGUUCGGUGUGUAGUUGACCCAUGAGCUUCUUGUAGAGUUAAAAUGCAUUUAUAAUCGUGUAAAGUGGCAUCAGAACUGAUACCUCCUUGCCAGUAAAAACAUAUAGGUUAAGAGAACCUUAAGCAUCAGGAUAUAGAGGAGAAAAUACAACGAAUUUCAUGUCUUAUGGAUCAUUCUGUGCUUAUAAAUGUCCAUUCAUACCAAAUAUCGAUGUCGUCUCGUCGUAUACUUCCUUGUUAAUGUAAAGUAAUGUGUAAUGCGCCUUCGGGAAUGUUCUUAAUAACAUCAAGGCUCUGCCGGUUAUACUCUUCUGAAUACAAGAUUAGAGAACUUUAAAAACAUAUUCUACGAAAAUCGUCAUAAUAUAAUUGCGCUUUCAACGGAACAAUUAAAUAUUAAUAAAUUAUUCCAUGCAUUUCGAUAAUUCAUCGCGUAAAAUAGUUAGGUACUAUUGGAUAGAAUGGCCGUGAAACUUACAUAAUAGAAUUGUUACUAACACCAUGAAGAAAAAACUGAUGUCGUGAAAUUUUUUCACUGCUAAAUAUACUUUCUUAUGAAAUAUGUUAUAGCCACUUUUGGAUAAAAACAUAAGCAAGUACAUACCAAUCUGUGUUUCCUGCUAAGGAAAUCUAGUUAAGAUCAAUUCAUAGCCUCGUCAUAGUUUCUUGAGAGAUUCUUGUCUCACAGUGAUACAAAAGAGAGAGCCUAAACAAAUAAAUAGUAAAGGUUAUGUACAAUGGACUGCGAAGAAACCCACUCAGAGUGGCAAUGCUACUAAGAUGGAUCAUGUUUCUUUACAGUCCACUGUACAAUCCCUGAAACAUAAUAUAGAUAAGUAACGGAAUCUUCUUUGUAGGUGUAUGUAAAUCGUUUACUGCACGACGGCAGUAAAUACCAUCUCGUAAAGUUGUCGGUACUGUUGUUUCCAUGUCGUUGUUUAGUUGGUGUCGUCGCUUCCCUUGUGGCGGCUCUAGGCCGUCAAAAUCUAUCGCCAUCUUCACACUCGUAAAUCUCGCGAUGUAAUCAUAGUUUCAGUCAGUCUAUGUCAGUAAUUUGUGCAUCAGCAUCAAGGCCAUAAUUCUUAAACUGAAGGGCCUCCGUUGCGUUGAGUAUCGGUUUCUGGUGUUCGCUUAACGCACGGAGGGCCUCAUAGAGGUAUUAAAUAUAAUCGUUUACAUCAGAAUACCAAUUACUAUUAUGCCAUCAUCAUCAUCACUUCUGCGUUGAAUACAUAACUAGAACUCCUAAACGCAAAACGCUACGAGUCAGGAGGUUGGCGAUAGUGCUGAAGUAGUGUUUGUGUUACUGAAAAACUGUAUAUAAGCCUUGCCGGAUGUAGUGUCCGACAAUACGUAAUUUACGAAUACAUAUCGUUCUUCGUCUUGUUAGUACUUACUACUUACUUACGAUUGGUGUAGUGACUCACUAGGAACUAAGCGCAAAAUUCUACCUCUACGGUAAACAUAGUGGUUUUGAUUUCCCGCGUUUUAUUACAAUGUCCUUAUGUCUUUAGACGUAAAUUAGGAGUUACCCUGAACAUAGUAGGUUAACAACUUUACCUAAAAACAACUAUAACAAAUGAACUAAACUCCAUUUAUCGCAAUUCUCAAAGACGACAUCAUUUAAAUUGGCACUCUCAGUAUGCUCUAAGUAAAGUUACUUCAAUACUAACUCUACAAUAGUUAAACAUUGGCCUUGUUCUUAACAAAUACUUAAAUUAAAUAAAUUAAAAAAAAACAUUGUUGAAGGCUAGUGAAAUUUUGAUAACUAAAUGACAACUAGACUUGAAAUUAUAUCUACGUACUUAUAUCUAACGAUAGGCGGUAAAUUCUCCGGUUCUUACCACCACCAAACCUUACCACCGCGGCGUUUAAUGUGUUAAUAUUGUAAUUAAUGUAAAAUAAUAUUUAAGAAGCGCUUUCAGUACCUACUUAAAUAACGACUACGACUACUAAUACAAUCUCCAAUAAUUGAGCAAUGGAUUUGAAACCUAUGUAUGUAUAAGCGGUAUAAGUAUCUACUUCCGGUAAAUCUAUCUUCCAAGCAAACAAUCUAUGUAAUCCUCAAAAACUACUUAAAACAUACACUGAAAAGGUCUUCCAUUAUUUUUGGUAUAUCCCAUAUUCGUUACUGAUUGUUGUAAUUAUCUGAUGUUAUAAUGUAUUAUGUUACGAUUUCAAAUCCGAAUGAAAAAUAUAUAGGUACGAGUGAUAAUAAUAUCUAAGCGGCAUGCUACAUAUAUUGCACUCACGAUAAACAAUUUUGCUAUUAAAUAAAAUAAAUAAACAUGUUUAUCAGUGUUAGCGUACAAUACAUAAACUAGCUAUUAUAUUUAACACUUCGCGUUACUUGUACAAAGAAAGGGAUCAAAUUUCUUUUGUACAUAUUAAUUUAAUGCUUAGUAAAAUGUACAGUUAAAUUAAAGCCAUAUAUUUCAUAUCCGAAUCGUUGGGUAUCCGUUACUGGCAAAAUGCCAUGUCCUGAAAUUGUACCGCCAUUACCGAAGAUAUUUCACUAAGAACAAAAUAAUUUGGCCUUCGUACCUACAUAGAUAGUAUCACAUUUUGUAUGAUCAGUCGAUCAGUUUAGCGCAACAUGUACAAAUUAACUUGAUGGAUGUAUACAUUUAAUAAGUAUAGCACAUGCACAACGUAAAUAAAUGUUUAACUUAAAUGUACUGACGAAAGCUUUUUAAGAAAAUUCCGUUUAUUGAGCUCUUAAUGCAAACGGCUGAUGUGAUAAAAUUAUGCAAUGAUGUUGUUGUUUAUUAAUUUAUUGUAAAAAUCAUGUACUUUAAUCACAGCGAAUUGAAUACAUACUAGGAACUACGAGCAUCUACUCUGAAAUAGACUCAAUUAUUAACGUUACAAGAAUAUUGUUGUUGUGAACCUGUUUUGAAGAUUUAAUUAGUAGAUCUUGUACCUGCCUGUGUAAGUAGACCCGAAAUGUAGGUAAGUAGACCCCCGUGUGACCCAGCCCACCUUUUGUUCUGAUGCCAUAUGUGAUGACCACUGUACGAGCCUUGGAUGGACACAUCUACAAAUAUGUAUAAUAUUCUUUAAUUAAUGCGUGCAGAAAAUACGAAGAUUGUGUAAGAACAUAAGUAUUAAUUGGUGAUUUUGUAAGAAAUUCAUCGUAGGUUAUUCUCAGAAUUACAUCAAUAACAUUCAUCGAUGAAUGAACGAUGAUUUUGUACACAAUUAUCUCACUAAUCUUGAAUCAGUUUUAGAUGUGUCCUCCAACAUGUUACCUCCAGAAAUGAGUGUGAAAUCGCUACAGCUAGUUGUAGUUACAUAAUAGUAAUGUGUGUACUCAAGCAAUGGUGUACAUAGUAUAAUACAUAGCAGACACUUGGCAAAGCGCCUCUGUGAUACACAUUAGUUGUUUUAAUUAUAUUAGAAGUGGUUGUCGAUCGAGCGCGAGGUGUGUUUUUAGUCUUAGCUGAAAAAUACUGCAAGUUCAGGCAAAAAAAGAGAUAAAUAUCCACCCACAAGGCUAAAGUUUCAUAAAAAUCUGCAGACUUUCCCCGUGCAAUUUUUUUAUCAAGUCACAGGUUUUCAUGAAAUGUGAUAUGAAAACCUAUGACUUAAUAAAACUGUUCGCACGAGGAACAACUCAAAAAAAAGCAAAUGCGCUGUUUUAAAACCUGGAACACAUCUCGCCUGGCAACAGCUGUUACAUACCUACACACAGACCCCAAGCACACUAUAAUUCACUUUUCUUAAACGCAUAAACUUUCUAACAGCAGAAAUAUGCAUAAAAAUAUAAGGAAUAAUCUCAUGGAAUUGAAGUAAGGUGAAUAUAUCUGCUUACUCGGUCUACAUUAAAUCUGCAACCCAAUAUCUCGUGCUUGGGGUUUAGUACCAUUAGUGCGGGUUUCGAUAGUUUAUGAAAAGUCAGAAAGUUAACUAUCACAGAAUGAGAGCAGUCAGUACAUAGGAGGUACAGGAAAAAAGCUACAUUGGCCACCCCAUCGCAAACACUUUGAUUUUAUGAUCCACUGUCGGGUGAAACACACAAGAAGAAUACAAACGAUUUAUAUUAUUUGAAUGCAUUGAUAAAAUAUUAUUUGUUUUAUCUUCAACCCAUGAGUCUAAUAAGUACCUAUCAAACUGUUUGCGCUGGGGUUGGGGUGGCAUACGUAUCUCUUUUGCUGACAGUACACAAUGCACACACCUGUGCAGAAAGUAAACUUUUUGAUUAAAAUUGUAAACUGUUAAAACCUGCUCGAAGGGUACCUACUGGUAUUUCUGACUAUGAAUUGUCGUGCAUCUCAUUACUUGAAAUAACGUUAUUGACAUUAUUGUAUUUAUUCACUUUAUUAACAUGUUUAUUAUAUCUUUAAUAAAAACAAAUUGCUUAUA